CACCGAAAAAACGGCGACCGCGUAUGACGGGAGGAAAAGUUCUGGAAAAUUUAGCGCAUUUGACAGAAAUGGAGGCGUGGAGAAUAUGCGCUGGAUGGUUGGUACAGUGUGGGGCCUUACCCCCUACCCACAAAUCAACCUGGGCCAAUGCUCAGGUCUUCGAUUUGGCCCAGACUUUGCGAGACGGCGUGGUGCUCUGUCAACUCCUGAACCACCUGAGUCCGGGUGCCGUGGACUUAACUCGGGAUAUUUGUUUACGGCCUCAGAUGUCACAGUUUCUCUGCCUUAAAAACAUCCGCACAUUCCUACAAGCCUGCUCCAGAGUUUUUUGUCUCAGAAGCCAAGAGCUGUUUGAUCCGGAUGGGCUCUUUGACGUCACCGACUUCGGUCAGGUCAUCUACACACUCUCCAAGUUAUCCCAGUCGCCGCUAGCUGCCGCAAGAGGAGUCCAGGCAUUUGUGGUUGAUUAUGAAGAUGAGCAGGCAUAUGAUGAAGACAUCUACAAGAAUCUAGAAGAUCUUGCUGAUGAGCACGAUCUAGCCAACGAGGGCGACAUUUAUGACACCGUCGAGGGCGAGGAAGACAGCAUCUACGAUGACCUGGUGUCGCUCCGUAAGCAGAAGUCCCAGUUCCAGCAGUCCCAGCAUUCGUACUCACAUUCACACAUAUCUGAACCAGAGCAGCCAAAGAAAGACAAGAGGCAAUACUGCAUAGAGGAGAUUGUUGAAACAGAGAAGAAAUACGUGGAUGCCCUCUAUAUGUUAAUCAAUGGGUUUAAGAAGCCGCUGAGCCACAACAUUCCACCCAAGACCAUCAAGGACAUCUUCCUCAACAUGGACGAGCUCCACUCGGGCCACUGCCUCUUCAACUCGGACCUUGGCUCCUCCCAGAACUCCUCCCGCCCCCACCGGAACCGGCCCAGUAUGACCAUCAGUGACGUCUUCCUCAAGCACCGUGAGAUCUUCCUCCUCUACGGCUUCUACUGCUCCAACCUGGUGCCGGCCCAGGACACAGUGGACGACAUCUUGAAAGACCCCACGGCCCGGCAGAAGAUUGAGGAGUGUGAGUUCCGAGCCAACAAAAACAAAUUCCGACUGCGAGAUCUGCUCAGCGUCCCCAUGCAGAGAUGUAUGAAGUACCACCUGCUGUUGAGGGAACUCAUCAAGCACACAGACAAGUCCCAUCCAGAGAAGGCAGAGCUGGAGAAAGCACUGGACAUUAUGCAGGACGUGUGUCUCUAUGUGAACGAGGUGAAGAGAGAUAACGAGAUCAUGCAGAACAACAAAGACAUUGAAAAAAGCAUGGUCAACUACAGGGGACCCAAUGUGAAUGAGCACGGUCGCCUUCAGAACGACGGUGAGCUCAAACUCAAAAUGACUGGAAAUACAAAGAAGAGCGUCACAUCCUCCACACAGAAGUACUGUUUCCUGUUUGACAAGGUCCUCAUAGUCUGUAACAAGGGUGGAAAGCUCGGUAUGGAAAAGUUCUGGGGCCAAGAAAGCCACGAGUACUGCACAACAAUUGAUCUGGAGAAGUACAAGAUUGAAGACAACCUGCCCAAGGGGAAGAGUGGCAAGUGGAAUUGGUGUUUCUGGCUGACGCCCGUCAACAACAACAACAAUGACGACGUGUUCCCGGUUGAGAUAUACUGCAAGACGGAAGACAUGAUGCUGAAGUGGGUGGAGAGCAUCAGGCUAGCACAGGAUAACAUCAACCCUGUGCCGAGUAGCCAGCAUAAGUAUGAGUAUACCAGCUUCAGAGAGCCCACUUACUGUAAAGUUUGUGAAAAGCUUCUCCGGGGUCUGUUCUACCAAGGCUACAAGUGCACCGCGUGCAGCAUCAACGCCCACAAGGAGUGUCUGAACUCGGAGAAGAUCCAGCACUGCACAGCGGCCAGGAGAAUCAGUCGGCAGCCCCAGGGUGUGCAAGUGGUGAGGGCGGUCAAGGUGUACCCGGGAACUCCCCGCCCACCCCCUGGCGUCAAGCCCCUUCUCUUUGAGAGGAACGACCUGAUCGAGGUACUAGACAAGGACGACCCCAAGUGGUGGAAGGGGCGAUCCACUCGAACCUACGAGCAGGGAUUGUUUCCGGCCGACUACGUGGUACCGCAAAGACAAAGCACGAGCUCUCACCCGCGUCCAAACUAUGAGAUGACAGUGCCCCAGGGUAGCCCCAGCCACAUCAGGCAAAACCCCAGCUCCAGCUCACGGAAUCUGCUGGAUACACGGUGGUAUGUGGGUAAGAUGGAUCGUCAUGUAGCCAUUGAGCAACUCAAGGACAAGCAGGACAGCUGCUACCUGGUGCGUGACAGCGUCAAGGAAUCAGAAUUUCAAACCCACGCCAUCAGUAUCAAGCACGACAACCAGGUCAAGCACAUCAAAGUUCUCUACUACCUUGGCAAGUACGGUCUGGUGGACAAGGACUCGUGUGACUUUGACACCUUGCCGGACCUGAUCAUGCACUACUCCCAGAACAGCCUGCGGGACGUGUUCAACGGCCUGGACUCCACCUUGAAGAUUCCGCUGCGGGAGCGCACGGGCCACGCCAACUCGGUCUCCCAACGAAAUGGUCCGUCCACCAAUGACAGCCCCGUCAGUAGGCAGAGGCCCAGCCCUGCCCCUGAGCAGAAGGUCAAGCGCUACACAGUCAUCGGCACCGCGAGGGCGCUCUUCCCCUUCACGGCCCGGGAGUCGGGCGAGCUGCCGCUGCAAAAGGGCGACCAUGUGGACAUCAUCAGCAAAGCCGGCGAGAGCCGGGGCUGGUGGAAAGGCGCAGUUGGCGGACGGAUUGGAUACUUCCCUUUGCAAUAUGUUGAAGAAGAAGAGUGAAGGAGCUGUCUUUCUACUUAACAGACCACCAGCUUUCCAGGAACUAAAAAAAAAAUCUCUUUUGAUAAACGGCACCCAGCUCUUGAUAUUUCCUCUGAAAACCUGUCCCGGAACCUUGCUCAUCGAGGUCAGUGCUUACGUGUGAAUACACCACCAGCCUUCUCUUAUCUACUUAGUGGAUGAGACAUCUGGACAGCGGCAGGAGAAAGGUCAAGUCUCAAGUGAAAGCAUGUACAAGAGUGCAGUGGGUAUGUCUCCGCUGUGUUGGCACUGCCGUGUUAACCCUGUGGCAGAGCUCUCCAAACCCUGCUGGAAAGCUUUCUCAUCUUUGUCGGCUGUGCGGUAGAGCCAUCUCAUCUCUGUGGCAGAGCCUUCUCGACACCGUGGCUGAGGCUUCUACGAGAUACGCAGUACAGCUUCUGAGUUACUAUGACCAGAUUGUUGCUCAUGUAACAAUUUCUUCUACGUGUCACAAUGCAAAUGUGUGAAAAAUUCAUCCUGAAACUUUGAGAGUCAUACUUUCACUUUCAGACUACCUCUCCGUUUCCUCCACUGUUGGCCCCCCUUCCCCGCAAAUGCAAGCUCUCAAAGCCAGUUUCUGGCUUUCCGUCCUGUUUGUUCCAAACUUACCACAUGAGCUCAUCAGUGCAAACUCCCGUGGAAAUCACCUCGUGCCUUGACUUCCAUCAGAAACAGGACGGGCCUCUUCUGAAGUAUACUUCAGAGAAAAGAGAGGCUCUCUGUUGACAGAGAUCACACGACAAGUUUUCCUCACUUCCAAAAACAUGUUCUGCAGCAAAAAGUGGUCAAGGUAACACACCCUUCCCUCUUUGGCUUCCCAUAUCCCUUAAAACAAUUGUCAUGACGCACGUUUUGUCAAGCGACAAAGAUCCAACGUGCCAGGUCAAGUGGUUGGCCCAAAUGUCUGAUACAAGGGGCUUUUCAGAAUCUUAAUAUUCUGGCAUCACGAUAAGUAGCUGCUGACAGGUUAUCAACAGUGUGUGAAGACAAUUACAUGUAUUUAAUUUGGUCAUAGGAAACAGGAGGAAUUUCUAUUUCCUCUUUACGGAACGGACUUCGUGCAUUUAUAAACGAAUUUGCUAUUGUUUUAAAUUUCAAGAAUGUUUGUGUGAUAAACUAAACUUUUUUUUUAGGCAUUCGUUUCCUUAAUUAUAAGCAUACAUGUACUUUUUGACCAACCACAGGAAGCCUGUGUCAAAGCUCAAGGUUUAUCAAGCAUGCACUUCAACUGAAACAGACGCCUCAAAAAGUGUACAUAGAUGCAUGGUUGGCUUCAUAUAGGAAUACAUUAAUUACAUUUAACGUGGUUUAUUUUAGGUAACAAUCGCAGAAUUGAGGGUCUUAUGUCAGAUAAUUUCAAACCAAUGGGAAGGAUCUUUUUUCAAUGAGUCAGGUUUUCAGCGGAUGGGAGUUGCACCAGUGUGAACGAAAAAAAACCCUCAAAAAUGCGCAGUGGUUUACUAAGUUAUGGCUGUCUGUUUAAUGUUGAAAUUACUAUGCAAUUUAUGUUAAUUUUUGUUUUUCGGAAAUACUCAUUAUACUGAGUACUUCACAGACUGCGUGGCACCAGAGGGGAUAUUUUUGCCUUUGCAGUUCUCCCUUGCUCACCAAUAGGCUUCAUGAUUAAACGUCACGAUUUACAGAGCAAAGGUUUCAAAUGCAUUGUAGGGUUAUUUUAAUAACUUACAUGUAACAUGCAAGUCUGCUUGUCUGUCAGUAUUGCCGAGUCGGUACCCAGUCCAUUGGUUGAGGCCUUGUGUUGCUAAUAUUGGGGAACUGGUUCAUGCCCCACUUUGAGUGUGGUCAUUUAUUUCAACAUAACAUACAAGAAUUUUCCUUUAACGGAUUUAAAAUGUACGAUUUUAGCCAUUUUACUUUCCUCCGGGAAGGUUUGAUCCUGCUGUGGUUUCCUCCUCCACAGUGGCCAUGUUUGAUCAACGACCAAUUGCCACUCAGCAGUUAGUUUUGACAGGUAGCCCAUGCGUAAAAUAUAUCCCGGGUACCAGGCAAAAUUGACCAGUAGUUGGCAAACGGUCACUGAUCAAACCUGGGUCGUGGGGAAUGAAGCAUUGCACUGCUAUCUUAGUUUUGGAGGUUAUAAAGGCUGAAAGUAGCUUUUGUUGUUUUACAAGAGACAGUGCUUAAUUUUGGUGUCUUGUUUUUUUUUUUCUCAAUUUUUAUUGCUUUAGUGAUGUCCUCCUCUCUUGGCUUAUCCUUAUGAAUUUGAUAGGUUGCAAUCUCAUGCCUUGGAAACGGCUGUCUACUCAAAAACUGUGUGUAUUGUAUAUUACAAGACCGUGUAUUAUACAGGGAUAUCAAGUUAUUCAAACACUGCAGAACUUUGCAACAAAUCCCAACGAUGAGGAGGAAAGAAGGCCAAAAAAAAAAAAUUGAUGGUGCUGCUUCUGGUGUGACCUGGGGAGGUUUUUUGUAAAUGGGUAAUUCCAGAAAUUAAUUAGGGGUCCAUUU